AUGACCUGUGGAGUUCAUGUGAAUUUAAAAGGACCUGAGAUGUGGAAUUUCAUCGAUGUCUUGGUGACCUUUGUCUUACCUAGAUUAAAAGAUUAUAAUGGAUUCAAAUUACCUCCCUAUGAUGUACAUCAACGGUAUACUUCGAUGGUCAGUGGAACCGUUCAACUUGGUUUACCUUCUAGUGGAAUGGGUCUAUGGCCUGGCAUUGAAGAAAGUUUAGAAAAUUGGCCUAGGAAAUAUGGAAUGAAUCUUCAUUUUGUGACGAAUGCUACCGGUCCUGGUGCAUCUGAUAAAGCUCGUGCUCUUAUGAGUGGGUUUAGGAUUCCAUUUGUUAGACCAGCAGAUGCUAAAUUAAAAAGUUGA